AUGAGCUGGUCAUUCUUGGUGUCUGUCCCAUUCAGUGAGAGCCUGCAGCUUGUGGCGAUCGCGUCCAUGGUGCUCGCAAUUGUAUUUGCCAUCCUCACGCUCGUGGAUGAGCAUCGACGUGUUCCUGUGGCCAUGGAUAGCCAUGCUGCUAGAGAGAAGGCUGUACGAAAGCGUACACCAGUGACUGAGGAGGACUCACCGGUAGUGCCGCCCGGCAUUGCUAUCUCCAUUCGGAACCUGGGAAAGGACUUCAAGACAUCACUAUUCAAGCACGACAAAGGGAUGGUCACUGCAAUAGCGAACCUGCACCUUGACAUACUGAAGACAGGCAUCUACAUCUCGCUUGGGUCAAAUGGGGCUGACUGCUACCAGACACUCCACUGGUGGAGAGCGAUCAAGCCGCUGAGCGAUUCUUCGGAUGAUGCGGAUAUCGAGCAAUUGCUGCAUGAUUGUGAUCUCGGUAAGAAGAUCCCCUAUAAUGUGAAUGUGCUUAGUGGUGGGCAGAAAUGCAAGCUGCAUCUGGCAGCUGGGUUGGUUGGGAGGCUCAAGGAGUAUGUAUUGUUUAAUUGCUCUUCUACCAUUAUCAUGGCUGAUUCGUCAUUCGACUUCACAGCUCUCCUGGUGGAUGAGUGCACUUCCGGCAUGGAUACACUGUCUCGUCAUGCCCUCUGGCGAACCCUGACAUCCUUCCUCGAUGAAGCUUAUCUCUUGGCAGACACAAUUGCCAUCCUUGCAGCUCCUGAAGAAUUAGUGGCGAAAGGCACACCAGUCGCACUCAAGUCCCGAUCACCAUGA